AUGGAGUUUACAGGUAGCAGUUACCGUGGAACUUAUAAAAAUGUCAGGAUGGAGGGCACAGGAGAGUACACACUCCCCACACACACCAGAUAUGAAGGAGAGAUAAACGACGGCAUGUUUCAUGGAAAAGGAGUCUUGCACUUUCCUAAUGGAGGGAAAUAUGAUGGAAUCUGGGAAAAAGGGAGAUGCAAGCAGGGUCAUUACACCUUCCCUGAUGGACUGGAGUAUGAGGAGACAGACUGGGAUUACUGUAACGGCUACGAUCGACGUUUCUACACGGAGAGAUGUUCUGGACUCAAACCUGCAGGAGAAUCCCAGCUGACUAACAGCGAUCCUAGUCCUGUCAUCCCUGACGGCUGCUACGACUGCGGAGAUGGAUUCUACGACCCCAACACCAGAGUCGUCACGGAUUACACAGGCGCUUUUCUCAGGAACGCUGAUGAUGACGAGCACAAGUGGAUCACACAGACAUGCCGGAAGGGCUGGGAUGAGAUUGUGGGAUGCAUUCCCAGGGACAACACGAUGGAAAUGUGAAUAACGUUUCAGAGUGGAGUCCUGGGAAAAGUGGAGGUCAGAUCAUAACACUACACAAGCCAUGGCCUAAAGGUUAGAGAAGCAGCUUUGGGCCCAAAAGGUCACUGGUUUGAUUCCCUGGACCAGCAGGAAUGGUUGAAGUGCCCUUGAGCAAGGCACUG